CUGGGUGGUUUAUCUCCGCCGUCGGUGGGUGGAUGUGUGAAUGAAUGAUUGUAAGUCGCUUUGAAUAAAAGAGUCAGAUAACUACAAAUGUAAAUGAACAGGCAUGUACGUGUUGCCACAUGUCCAGGAGCUACUACAUCAUGUGCAUGAUGGCCAUCACGUUCCUCAACCUGAUCGGCAUCCCCAUGGAGAUCGCCUUCCUGGACGGGGCGAAUGGCCUGGGCUGGGAACGCUUCAACGUCUUCUCUGACACGCUCUUCCUCAUCGAUGUGGCGCUCAACUUUCGCAUGGGCAUCAUCCCAGAGGACAGCGAGGUCGCCAUUUUGGACCUCAAGCAGAUCCGGAUAAGCUAUUUGAGGAGUUGGUUCAUACCAGAUGUGAUCGCAGCAUUCCCCAUCGGAUACAUCCUCUUCUUUGCGGUACAAUUUGAACAAACUGACCGUAUCUGGUCUGGAGCAAACAGAAUGAUGAGAAUCCUCAUGUUUGUUCGGAUCCUCAGCCUCAUACGUCUGGUGCGGGUGUCUCGACUUGUGCGCUUCUUCAACGAAGUGGAGAAAGUGUCCAACGCUAACCUUGAGGUGGUGCGGCUCUUCUUCCGUAUCCUGUCCCUGUUCAUGAUGAUCUUCCUACUCUGCCACUGGAACGGCUGCAUCCAGUACUUUGUCCCAAUGCUGGAAGAGUUCCCCGCUGACUGCUGGGUCCGCAAGGAGAACCUCAUGAAUGCCACGGUGAGCGUGAAAUACUCUUGGGGGGUGUUCCGUGCUCUGUCCCAGAUGAUCGCCCUCUCCUAUGGCUCUAUGGAUGCCCCUACAAACUAUGUGGAGUUGUGGAUUGUGAUGGUCAGUAUGAUCUCCGGCUGCAUGAUGUACACGGUGCUGGUGGCCAACGCUACGACAAUGAUAGCCAACACAGACCCCACCGCCAAGGAGUACAAGAGCAAGAUGUGCCGUUUAGAACACUACAUGACCUUCAUGAAGCUACCCCCUGAGCUGCAGCUGCGGAUCAGCAAGUACUACCAGGCGCGCUACGGGGGGAAGUGGUUUGAUGAGAACGACGUCAUCGACACGGUCUCCUCUGCGCUGAAGGAGGUAAAUGCUGGAGGCUUAUUCUGGAGCUUAACUUAUUUAAACUUAGAUAAGAUAAACAAAACCAAACUUCUAAACUAAUCUAAGAAAGAAAAAAUUUUACGAGAUGGCAA